CACCACUUUUCUCAUUUGGGUAUUUUCAAUUUUUUAGAUCUACACUAUCAAUUUCAUGUAUAAAACAUACAAGUAUAAAAAAAAAAUUCAAAUACUGAAAAUUCAUUUGGGUUUUUGGAAAAAUAUGAUUUUGAUUCAAACCCAUGUACCCUUUAUAAAUCCUUGUAUGUUUUCUUGAUUACCCAUUUUCUGCCUUUCACUUUUUUCAUUUAGUUUUUGUUCCUUAAUUUUAGCAUUAAGCAUUGUUCUGUUUUGAAAACAGAGGAAAAGAUAAGUGUUUCUGAAAAGUUAGAAUCCAAAGCCAUUUCAUACAAUUGAAAUAGCUUUUUGUUAAGGUAGCUUUUAAGAAUGGAAUUUAUGCUUAUUACGGAUCCCGUUUUGAAACAAAACACAGUGAGAUUGUAAAAGGUGAAUGAAAGAGAUUUAGGAAGAAGGGUUUUUCCCUUUUUUGUUUUUUUUUGUUUAUGUAAAAAAAUAUUUACAAAAAGUAUUUUUUUUAUGGUAUAUUAUUAUAAAGGAAGAGUGUUUGGCUUUAGCAUGCAACUUGGCUCCUAGGAGCGUUUAAGAAAGAGAAACAACAACAUUACCAAAAACCAAAUAGAAUAAACAAUCACAAAGAGAAAGAUCAUGGAAGAUAUGAAGCAACAGCAGCAUCAGAAACAAAAGCAUCUUGCUAAUGAAGAAUCUAAGAAGAAGGAGCGUCACAUUGUGACGUGGACUCAAGAGGAGGAUGAUAUAUUGAGAGAACAAAUUGGAAUCCAUGGAACUGAAAAUUGGGCAAUAAUUGCUUCUAAAUUCAAGGAUAAAACUACAAGACAGUGUAGAAGAAGAUGGUAUACUUAUUUGAAUUCUGAUUUCAAGAAAGGAGGAUGGUCACCAGAGGAAGACAUGCUCUUAUGUGAGGCUCAAAAAAUAUUUGGCAACAGAUGGACAGAAAUAGCAAAGGUGGUAUCAGGCAGAACGGAUAACGCUGUGAAAAACCGUUUCUCGACAUUGUGCAAAAAGAGAGCUAAAUAUGAAGCCUUAGCAAAAGAGAACAACACUUCAUACACAAAUUCGAAUAACAAAAGGAUUAUUUUCCGAGACGCAGCAUCAGAAUCUGCAGUAGAUUAUAAGAAGAUGAGGAGGUCUCAUAUCCCUGAUGAUGCAGAAAAGAUCAACUUUGCAGACAGAUCACAUAAACUAAAUGAAACUCCAAUGAAUCAGCAGUCAAGAGUGCCGUUAGCAGUUUUAGCUCAAAACUCUCAUAACGUCAACAACUUGCCAAAUCAGCAUCAUGUCUGCAAUGUGAAGUUUAGUGGUUAUGCUCAAAACAAAAUUCAAGGAACAUUUCUUAAAAAGGAUGACCCAAAGAUAAGCGCGUUGAUGCAACAAGCCGAGCUACUAACUUCACUAGCUCUAAAACUUGAUGCAGAGAAUAUGGACCAAAGUCUUGAAAAUGCAUGGAAGGUUCUUCAAGAGUUUCUGAACCGAAACAAAGAAUCGGAUAUUCCUGGAUAUAAGAUUCCAGAUUUACAGCUUGUAGAUCUUAAAGAUUUAUUGGAAGACUUAAAGAAUAGUAGUGAGGAAAUCCAGCCAUGUUGGAGGUAUAUGGAAUUAUAUGAAGACUCUCCAGGCAGUUCUGAACACAGUACAGAGUCAGGUAAUCUGCCUCAUUCUUCUGAUGAGAAUUUGGAACACUCACUGCAUCAAGAUUGUGGAACUGAAUUGAAAUCUAUACAAAUUGGAGACCAAAAGGAAGUUGGAGGAUGUGAUCAAGUGGUUCUUUCUAGUGCAUCCUUGGAUCAAGCAGAUAUAUUCUCAUCUUGUGAGGAACAGAUAAACAUUGAUGGUAUUGUUUCUUCCUUAUCAAGUACAGAGUUCAGUUCCCCUCUUCAAGUUACCCCUCUGUUUAGAUCCUUAGCUGCAGGAAUUCCUAGUCCACAAUUUUCAGAAAGUGAAAGGAACUUCCUUAUGAAAACACUUGGAAUGGAGUCUCCAUCCCUCAACCCAAUCGCCAAUCCCUCGCAACCGCCGCUCUGCAAAAGAGCCCUCUUACAAAGUUAAUAAUUUCAAUAUUUCUGUCAUCUGAAAUACCGAAAUAUUUAUAUCCUUUCUCCUUUCUUAGUCCUUACUUUCUCGCGACCAUCUCGCACCGUUAGUUCUUCUCAUCCUGGUUUGAGAACGAUUGCAAUUUUGUUCAGCCUAAAAUUUUGAUAGGCCUACCCUCCCUUAGAAUGUUAGGUACAUUCUAAGGACCUUUUCAACAUAUUUAACAGUCUUUUUCCUACCCUUUAGAAUUUACAUUUCAUGAUACUUGCACCGAAAAUUUAGCGUGCUUAGCGUGUCAUUCUUUGGUUUGUUUUUUCUUUGAUAUUGUUCUGGGUUUGUUUUUCUCCAAUCCAGCAUUUGGUCUUGGUUUGUUUUUUUGUACAGAGCCUGCUGCGUGAUCGGCAAUUCGCCAAUCCUACUACAUAUAAUGAAUAGAGAGAUAGAUAGAAGAAAAAGAGUGUAAAAAGAUUAGCCAGUGGCAAAUAUGAUUCCUAUUUGUUGUUUUGGGUGUGCAUAGGUUAUAGAAUAAAUAAUGCUUUUCCUUUUUUUGGUUCUGAUGUACUGAAACAUAGUUAUAAUUGGAGUGGAAAUGCAUUUUGGUUUUGGUGUGUGGAA